AUGACCAGGGCAAAUCAUAGCCCUUUGCUUAAUAUGGACCCAGAAAUUGGCAGAACCAAGAAAGGGAUAAAGAAGGAGAGACGCCAGCGUGAAUAUGAGGCUGCAGGAUCAUUUCAACCUUCAAUUGAGUGUUUGUCAGAUACAUCUGAGACUGAAGACAUGGCUGCUGAGCAAAGGGAGAGAACGUUAAAGGAACUGGCUAACCAGGAAAUUGGAUUUCAACCCCUGUGCAUUCAAGUGCCUCAUAUCCAAGGAGCUCCUAACUUUGAUCUUAGAUCUGGUUUCAUCCAGCUUUUGCCAAGGUUCCAUGGGACAGCAGGGGAGGACCCUCACAAGCAUAUUAUGGAGUUCACAGUGGUCUGUUCAACUAUGAAACCGCUGGAUGUGCCUGAAGAGAUUGUCAAGAUGAAGGCCUUCCCUUUCUCACUGCAGGAUGCCGCCAAGGAGUGGCUAUUCUCUCAGAAUGUUCCCAUAGCUAGUUGGGGUGAAAUGAAGAGGAAAUUCUUGGAGAGAUUCUUCCCUGCUUCCAGGACAGCAGCUGUGAGGAAGGAUAUAAGUGGGAUAAGACAACUGCCUGGGGAAAAUUUGUUUGAAUUUUGGGAACGCUUCAAGAGGUUGUGCUCCACUUGCCCCAACCAUCAGAUAAGUGAGCAGUUGCUACUGCAAUACUUCUAUGAGGGCCUGCUGCCUCAAGAGAGAAAUAUGAUAGAUGCUGCUAGUGGAGGAACUUUGAUGGAUAAGACACCUUCAACAGCAAGGAAUCUCAUAGCUAAUAUGGCUGAAUACUAUCAGCAAACUUAUACCAGGGGUGGCAGCAGCAAGGGUGUCCAUGAGAUGCAACUGAAUGCAAUCACAGAUUCAGCGAGGACCAAUAUGUUCACUGGAGAUAACCUCCUACUGGGAAACAAAAUCAUGGAGCUGAUUGAGUUAAUGAGGCAAAUGGUUGUGGGAGGUCAAGUGGAUACGGUUAGAAAGCAUUGUGGGUUGUGUGCUUCGGACCAACACUUCACAGAUCAGUGUGCUCAACUUCAAGACAAUUUUGGAGCUGAAUCAGUGGCAGCUGCAUAUCAAGGCCAGCAGAACAACUUCAGGCAGACCCACCAGCCAUGGCAAACCCAGAAUCAGCAUCAGCACUAUAAUCAGGGUUCCAAUUCACAAAAUCAAGGGUGGAGAAAUUGGAUUAACCCCAGAUAUGAGCCUCCUCCAUACAAUCAACAAGUUGGCCAGCAAACAAAUGGGCUAAUGCAAAGCAUGAAUCACUAUACACAACAGUAUAGGCAAAAUCAGUCACAAAUGCAGCCCAAAAUGGACCCAAAUCUGGAGGCUACCAUUCAAGAUCUGAAGAUGCAAAUUGGGCAGCUAGCACAUGCCGUGAAUGAGCUGGUAAAUCAGAAAGUUGGAGGCAUUCCUGCUCAACCAGUGGUGAAUCAAAAGGGGCCACCAAGCAAAACAUAG